UGAAAGUGUGCCAAAUUAUUUGAGAGCUGCCCUAGAAGCAUAUGAGCGUACAGAAAAAUAUUGAACACAUUCAGAACCAUGGUAAAACUGUGUUUCUUUUGGCUUUUUCUUUCAUUAUACACUAUCAUAAACGCAGGAUCUCAUUCUCUGUUGGCAUUCGCAACUUGUAUCUCAGGAGAAGCACCUUUCCCUGAGUGUAGCGUUGUGUUGAUGCAGGAUGACAUUCAAGUUGGCUACUUUGACUCCAACACGGAGCAGUUUAUUCACAAGGGACCUUACGCCCCAGACGAAACAGAGGUUGACGUAGCCCAAGAUGCAGCUAAUGUGUUUGGACACAUGUUCCUCAGCAUGAAAAGGCGACUGUUAGACCUGAGGUAUCGCUUUAAUUCCACAGGGAAUAUAGACGUUCAGCAGAGAAUGGCUGGCUGUGAGAUGUUGGAUACUGGUGAACCAGGCCUUAUUCUGUCCACAGAUGCUUUCAAUGCAAUUUUAGCUGAUUUAAUAUAUUACAACAUGACACAUUAUUCAUACAAUUCCGGAAACCUACUGUCGCCAUGGAGUGAGGUGCAUCAAACAUAUGCAAAAUGGCGUUAUCAGACCAUUUACCUACCCAUUUGCAUAAAAACAUUGAAGAAAUUUCUGGAGAGAUUGAAGAACUUUGUGAUGCGUAAAGUGCGUCCCAGAGUCAGGCUCACACAGAAAGCCAUGUCUGGAGGAGCCCGUGUGAGCUGUCUGGCGUUUGGUUUUUACCCCCGCCACAUCAAUCUGACCCUGCUGAGAGACGGCCAGCCAAUAGUAGAACAGGACAUAACUGGGGGCCAGUUGCUGCCCAAUGGAGACGGGACCUACCAGCUGAGAAAGAGUCUGGAGGUCAACACAGAGGAGCUGAGAGAGAGACACAACUACACCUGCACCACCUCCCACCUCAGUCUGGACAACAAGCUGGAUGUCAGCUGGAUACCUGAGUCUGGGAUCGACAGAGUGGGUCUUUAUGUCAAGUCAGGUCCACUGGGCAUGGUGGCCAUAAUUAUUCUACUCAGUAUUUUUGUUUGUGUAAGGAGGAGAAACGCGGCUGGCUCCCAGACAUUGUCACAGCUCUCCAAUGCUAAUGAUGCCCAAGUGGCUGAGCAAAUGAGCCUAUCUUCACAUUCUGAGACGUGAUAUAUUUGCUGCUGCCACUCAUGCAAAGACUUCAAAGUGAAAAGCCAAUACAAUGAAGGCUGAUCUAAAUUAUACAGUAUAUAGCCUAAU